AUGGAAAACUUCAUUCUCUAUGAGGAGAUUGGCAGAGGAAGCAAGACAGUUGUCUAUAAAGGACGGCGGAAGGGAACAAUCAAUUUUGUAGCUAUUCUUUGUACUGAUAAGUGCAAAAGACCUGAAAUAACCAACUGGGUUCGUCUCACCCAUGAAAUUAAACACAAGAAUAUUGUAACUUUUCAUGAAUGGUAUGAAACCAGCAAUCAUCUCUGGCUUGUAGUAGAACUCUGCACAGGUGGUUCCUUAGAAAUGGUUAUUGCUCAAGAUGAAAACCUCCCAGAAGAUGUUGUGAGAGAAUUUGGAAUUGACCUGAUUACUGGAUUACAUCACCUUCAUAAACUGGGAAUUCUCUUUUGUGACCUUUCUCCUGGGAAGAUACUACUGGAAGGACCUGGCACACUGAAGUUUAGCAAUUUUUGCUUGGCAAAAGUAGAAGGUGAAAAUUUGGAAGAGUUCUUUGCUUUGGUGGCAGCAGAAGAAGGAGGAGGUGAUAGUGGGGAAAGUGGCCUGAAGAAAAGCAUGAAAAGCCAAGUUAAAGGAUGUCUUGUCUACACAGCACCAGAAAUCUUGAGGGGCACUGACUUCUCCGUCGCCAGUGAUCUCUGGUCUUUGGGCUGUCUGCUUUAUGAAAUGUUUUCAGGAAAACCUCCAUUUUUCUCAGAACGUUUUUCAGAAUUACUUGAACAGAUUUUAUACCAAGAUCCUUUGCCACCCAUUCCAAAAGAUGCAUCUCUUCCUAAAGCUUCUUCAGAUUUUAUUAAUUUGCUCGAUGGUUUACUUCAAAAAGAUCCUCAGAAAAGAUUGACUUGGGCUGGCCUACUGCAGCAUUCAUUUUGGAAGGAUGCUUUGUCCAGACAAGAUCAGGAUUCGACAAACACGGAGGAUUCCAACCUUAGCAGAAAUGUGAUGGAGUGUCCUGAGCCACUAGAUCCAAAGGAGCUUUUAAAGAACCCUCAGAAUGGACAAGAAAAAGGCCAGAAGAAUUUUCAGCCACUAAAUCGCUCUUUUAGACUAGUGAACAGCUGGCUAGACUUUAUGAACUUGAAUAAUUAUACCUGUAUAUUUUUCAGUUCUCGUCCUACUCCAAGAACUAGCGCUGCAAUGGCAUUAAAUCUGGAUGAUGAUAUGACUCAAAACUCACCGCAGAAGACAUCUCCUCUGAUAAAGAUGACCAGUAGACACCUGAGUCAGCAUGACCUGGAAUCCCAGAUGAGAGGGCUUAUCUACACAGACUCAGACCUCGUUGUCACCCCAAUUAUUGACAAUCCAAAGAUAAUGAAGCAACCACCAAUUAAAUUUGAUUCCAAAAUACUACAUCUGCCAGCAUAUUCAGUGGAUAAAUUAGUAUUUCUGAAAGACCAGGAUUGGCAUGACUUUUUGCAACAAGUGUGCUCACAGAUCGACUCCAUUGAGAAGAGUACUGGAGCCUCCCGAGCCAAGCUCAACCUCCUUUGCUAUUUGUGCACGGUGGCUGGUCACAAGGAGGUGGCCACCAAGCUCCUCCACUCCCCGCUGUUCCAAUUGCUAAUCCAGCAUUUGCGAAUAGCUUCAAACUGGGACAUACGGGCCAAGGUUGCAAGAGUGAUUGGUUUACUGGCCUCCCACACAACUGAGCUCCAGGAAAAUACACCUGUUGUCGAGGCAAUUACUGUCUUAACUGAAUUAAUUAGGGAAAACUUCAGGAACAGCAAAUUAAAGCAGUGCCUUUUACCAACCCUUGGGGAGCUGAUCUAUCUUGUAGCCACCCAGGAAGAAAAAAAAAAGAACCCUAGAGAAUGCUGGCCUGUUCCCUUGGCUGCCUACACAGUGCUAAUGAGGUGCCUUCGGGAGGGGGCCUUGUGUAGAAUUACCCGCCAUUCACCUGCUGCCUUCCAGAACGUGAUUGAGAAGGUGGGCUUGAACCUGGUGUUAAAUUCCCUGGCCUCUGCCAUCUGCAAAGUCCAGCAGUACAUGUUGACCUUAUUCACUGCUAUGUUGUCCUGUGGAAUUCAUCUUCAAAGACUUAUCCAGGAAAAGGAUUUUGUCUCCACAGUUAUUCGAUUAUUUGACAGCCCCUCAACUUCCAUUAGAGCAAAAGCCUUCCUGGUUCUUCUGUAUAUUUUGAUUCAUAACCGUGAGAUGCUUCUACUCAGCUGCCAAGCAAGACUGGUGAUGUACAUCGAGAGAGACAGCAGAAAGACCACUCCAGGCAAGGAGCAGCAGAGCGGCAAUGAAUACCUAUCCAAGUGCCUGGAUCUCCUCAUCCAUCACAUUGUGCAGGAACUGCCACGCAUCCUGGGUGACAUUCUUAACGCCUUGGCUAAUGUUUCUGGUCGUAAACACCCAUCAACAGUGCAAGUGAAGCAGCUGAAGAUAUGUCUCCCUCUGAUGCCUGUUGUGCUUCACCUGGUCACUUCUCAGGUAUUUCGUCCUCAAGUUGUAACAGAGGAGUUCCUUUUCAGUUAUGGAACUAUUCUCAGUCAUAUUAAAUCAGUGGACUCAGGAGAGACUAACAUAGAUGGAGUCAUAGGACUGACGGCAUCGGAAGAAUUUAUCAAGAUCACGCUGUCAGCGUUUGAAGCAAUAAUACAGUAUCCGAUUUUAUUGAAAGACUAUCGCUCAACGGUUGUUGAUUAUAUCCUGCCACCCUUGGUCUCCUUGGUUCAAAGCCAAAAUGUGGAGUGGAGGCUCUUCAGUUUACGGUUGCUUUCAGAAACCACGUCUCUACUCGUGAACAAGGAUGUUGGGGAUGGCAAGAUGGAGGCGAGCCUCGAUUCUGACAGCAGUCUUCUGGCUCUCAUUAAAGAUGUACUACUUCCCCAAUAUGAGCACAUCCUCACAGAGCCUGAUCCCGUACCAGCGUAUGGCCUGAAGCUGCUGGUUGCCAUGACUGAACAUAACCCGACUUUUUCCAGACUUGUGGAAGAAAGCAAACUGAUCCCACUAAUUUUUGAAGUACUUCUGGAGCAUCAGGAGAGCGUUCUGGGUAACACCAUGCAAAGUGUGAUCGCAUUGCUCAACAAUCUGGUUGCCUGCAAAGAUUUGAAUAUGAAACUACUUUAUGAACAAGGACUUGUAAGUCAUGUCUGUAACCUGUUGACUGAAACGGCCAAGCUAUGUUUGGAUGUGGACAACAAAAGCAACAAUGAGACAGCUGCCGCACUGCUGUUUUCCCUGCUGGAGAUUCUGCACGGCAUGCUGACCUACACAUCCACCAUUGUACGGCAGGCUCUGCAGGCACAGAAGUCUGGCUUGGGAGGGGACACUCAGGCUGCGGAAGACCUGCUGGUACUCAGCAAACCUCUGACAGACCUCAUUAGCCUGCUCAUUCCUCUGCUCCCCAGUGAAGAUCCUGAAAUUUUUGAGGUGUCCUCCAAGUGUCUUUCUAUACUGGUUCAGUUGUAUGGAGGGGAAAACCCAGAUAGCCUGUCUCCUGAAAAUGCAGAAAGCUUUGCUGAAUUACUUACUUCAAAGAAGGACCCCAAGGAGCACAAGCUUCUGUUGAGGAUCCUUAAGAGAAUGAUCACCUCCAAGGAUAAGCACCUGGAAAGCCUCAAGAAUGCAAGCAGCCUCCUGCGGGCUUUGGAGCAGCUUGCCCCAGCCAGCAGUUUGUAUGCCGACAGUACAGUGACUUCCUUGGCCCUGGAAAUCCUCCAGGCUAUAGGGCACUAA